AUGAUCCAAAUAUUAGGGCGAGCUUUACUUAUACUUAUUAUUUUUUACAAUAUCAACGGUCAAUCAACAAUCGGUACUACAUCCGAUGGACAAGUCUCAAAUUUGACUUUUUCAUCAAUGUUACCCUAUACAUCUCAAUCUCUAAUGAAUAAUAAUAGUACUACUAAUAUUAUGACAGAAGUCAUAAUUACUGUUUCACCAUCAUCAACGAAUAUUAGUAAUAUUACUACAAAAUUUCCAACAAAACCUAAUAUCGCUAGAUCAUCAUUAAUAACUAUAAUUUCAACACCAUCUGAAAUUGCUAGGAAUAUUACUAAAAUAACAUCUGUUACUAUUUCUACUUUUUACAUCUCAACAACAAGAUUCUAG